AUGUAUCAGGAUCGCUGCAUUUUCUUUUCCAAAAUGGGCGCCUGCCGCCACGGUGAUCACUGCACGAAGGUCCAUGUGCGCCCGACGUCGUCUCCGACCGUUCUCUUUCCGAUGAUGUACCCGAACCCGAUGGCGAUUGAGCACAUUCAGGAUCGCCAGUGGGACUUUCAUUUUGACCGAAAGUAUUUGAAGCGGCACUUUGAGCACUUUUACAAGGAAACAUGGCGCACCUUCAUGGAGCUAGGCAGAAUUGCAGAGCUGCGUGUUGUGAGCAAUCUGGGUGACCACCUCCUCGGGAAUGUGUACAUUCGCUUUGAAGAAGCCGCGGACGCGUCUCACAUUGCGCGGGAACUAAAGGCGAAAAAGUUAAACGAAAUUAUUCUUCUUCCGGAGCUGAGUCCUGUCACCAACUUUGCCGACGCCUGCUGCAAGGAAGAUCUUGAGGGGAAGUGUGGACGCGGGGCACAGUGCAACUAUCUGCACAUCAUCAAAGUCUCCCGCAAGCUCAUGGAGAAGUUGGAGAAGGAGCAGGCGAAGUACUGGAAGAAGAAGGAGAAACAUAGCCGAGGAAGUGACCGCAAGCGAGAACGCUCGAAGGAUCGCGGCAGGGAGCGUUCCAGAUCGCCAAGACCGCAUCCAAGUGAUUUGUGCCACAUAUGCGGCAAGAGUGGCCAUAUCUCUCGGGAUUGUCCCUUGAAGUAG